AUGGCGGCCGCUCGUGGAGGUCAUCCGGUGAGUGGCUGUCUCUCGCUUGACCAGCAGAAGGGCGUGUGCGAAACUGCGUCGGGCACAUGUCCCGAUGCAGCCCUCGGGAGACUCGCUGGAGCUGGUGCCGGUCCGCAGCUGCCUUCUGCCGUGCCCAGUAUUCUCUCAAACGUGAGACCUAGCUCGCUUUUCACAUCGGUGACACCAGGAGGUGCACCAGCCGUCCCUGGAAGCCUUUCCACCACGCCGGCUCUAUCUGCUCACCCCUGGGCCUCUCUGGCUUCAGCCUACUGCUCUCGGGAAACCUUGCUGGGGCGAACGGGUGGUGGUCCCAGUCUUGUAUCUGGAGGUGCCGGGUUCAUUCCGCCAGGUCUCCAAACGCCAUUCCACUGCGGAAAGGGAAGCCAGAGCAAUGGUAGCGGGCAAGCGCAUGCUGGCGCCCUCGGCAUGCAGCAGAUGUCACAUCAGCCCCACGGGGCAGUGGGCCACCUUCAUGGACGAGAGAGCUUGCCGAAGGUCGUGGGCGUGCGCUACGACAAGGUGAACAAGACAUGGAGGGCUUCAUGGUACGACCCACAGUCCAAAAGGAGAGUGGAGCGCAAAUUCAGCGUCAAUAAACUAGGAUUCAUUAACGCGUACAACAUGGCCACAGAGUGCCGAAAGCUACAAGAACAGAAGCUAGGACUGCGCGACCGAACCGGUCGCAAGCAACAUCAACCCUCGAAGACUCCCUCAGUGGUCGCGCGACCAGCAGGCGUCUUGGGCUCUGCCUCCCUCCCUACAUGCAUGCCGCAGCUGGAACUUCAACGCCAUCAGGAACUGCUGGCGCAGACUUCAUCCUGGGCGGCUUCCCAGUCUCUUUCCUCUGACCGUGAGAAGGACGCCCUGCAGCCAUACCUUCCUUUUGAUUUCGACCGCGCACUGAAUGCCCACCAUUUAGCAGCCGGGAUUGACGCCGGCAGUUUUCCGUCACCCGACGCAUCCGCUCUGGCUGCGUUUUCGGCAGCUACUGACUCUUUCCUGUCUUCCCAGGCCGCUCUCAAUCCGCUGGAGGAAACGCAGCGCUCUCCUGUCCUUCCGCACCAGCAUCAUCCUCUAUUGACGGCCCCGUCAUAUACCGCGAAACCAGAACUGCACGGUGGACCUCGUGGCAUUUCAAACAUGCCCGACCAGCAAGUUCAGGGGCCAGGACUCGGACAUCCGCCAGGAGGUCCGAUCCCGGAGACACAGUCGGAAGCAAGCGAGAUCGGAAUCUGCCGUUCGUCUACGCGGAGCCGGAAGCGGAAAGAUGCUCCUGAAGAAAUUACAAGCCCAAAGAGCUGCGGGUCUGCGGGACCUGAAGGCGAUCGUAUACCCAGCGGUGCGACGGACGUGACGCAGGAUAAGGCGGCGAACGCGGUGCUUUGGACAGGAGGAGGUACGUCGCGUUCGCGCGACCCGGGGCGGCAGCUCUCAACUUCUCCGCAACAAGGUGAGCAUGAGGCAGAGUCCCGGAGCGGAAACCGCAGGCAUGCUGGCGGAGGCCAAGGCGUGGGCCAACACUGCACACUCAGGAUUUCGGGGCAAGGGGCAUCCGAAAUAGGAACCGAUGCAGGGAAAUAUGAAGGUGUCGGCCAAGGAGCGAAGCUUGCCGGGGACGACAGUUGCGCUCCUUGCGGCGGUGAGGGACAAAAUUCACGAGAAAAAAAAGAGGAGAACACUGCGAAGAAGCCUCGACGCCAAUCGACAAACGAAGAGAGUAACCUUUCAAAAAGCGGCAGCAAGCCACGUUGCCGAGCAGAUGGCGAGACAACGCCUGACGACGAGCCGGCAGACGGGGCCUCUUGGAUGAGCAAGGACACGGACAAGGCGAACGUAGAAGAACCGACCUACCGUGCAGGACACACCACGUCGGGCCCAAACUCCCAACGCGCAGGUGGUGACAUGAGCAGGUCUGGGCGUGGAGACAAGUCGCACCCGGUAAUCGGCGACCGGACGCUGUCGGGAAACGGGCGGGAGAGCAAAGGCGGAAGGCCCGAAGGGUCAGAGGACGCUCUGGAGGUCAACAGCAGUUUCGAGAAAAGGCACGGGAGACGAGGCGAUGGCCGCGAGCUCCGCGACAGGGACGAGAGAGUGCCUUUCUCACGUAUGGGAGCGGAGUGUGGCGGCAGGCACUGCGGAAGGCACUCCGCAGCCCUGCAGGAGAGCAGCUGUGAUACCUCGUGCUGCAGCCGGCGCUGGACGUGCACCUGCUGCGGAGACGACUGCCAAGGUUUCUCGCGGCCUGUGCUGCGUCAGAGUCGCCACGUCAAAGGAGAGUGCGCCGGUCGAGAGUCCCCGCUGGCGAGCGCCGGCUACCCGGUCACUCGUGGGCGGCUUCCAAAGAAGCCCGAUUGGAAGCCAAGUGGCGAGUCGCUUGAGGCCUCAUCUUUGUCUCCGUCGUCCAGCCCACACCACCCACCGACGGAGGAGGGAGGCGACCUGUCGGGCAGAGAGUCCGCUGCCUGCGGACACGAGAGCGGACAGACUGUCGCUCAUGGCAGGGGAGACAGGUGGAUUUCCUCCUGUUCCCUAGUGCCCGAUACCAGCAGCACGCCUACGGGGCCGUUGCUCAUUCUGCAUCUCACCAAAGAACUCGUGCUUCUGCUCCUCCAGUCCGUCCAGGAUGCGCUCCGGGCUUUGGGCCCAGGUUGUCCCUUCGCCGAGCAGUUCGGCAAGCUCGAGAGCAGUGCCGAUGCCUUUGUUUCCGACCGAGAGUUGGAGCACGUCAGCCGAGAGAAUCCCUGGCGAAGAGACAAAAAGCGCCGGGGCGACGCCUCUCCGCUGCGACUCGAGCCGACCGCCGCGGGGGAGGGCAACAAAGGAAGCGAGCGGGACACGGGCUGCGAUAUCUCGACAGAAGAUGCGCGCGUAUGUGAGGCAGCCAUCGAGCGACACAAAGACAUUGUGAGAAUGGCGAGCAACGUGAACAGUCUUGGGCGUUACACGAAGAUUUUUAGGAUUUGCAUCAAGACCAAGCAAGUGCCGACUCAACUUCCUCACCUCGACCUCGUGCAACUGCUACGCCAGCUGCUGAGUUUGCCGCGUGUCGAAGAAGAAACCACGCGCCGCCUGUUGCCAGGGUCUGCGCCGGGGGCCGACAAUGCGCACUCCAGCGCCUCGUCGACGGAGGGAUCCUCGGGCUACCUCAGCCCUGCGGAGUCUUGGCGACGGCUGCCAGGUACUACUCGCUCGGGCGGAGGGCGGGAAGAGAAGGGAGAAUGCGACCGCUCAGGAGUCGCGCCGAGAGGCGGGCGUGUGAGCCGCGUUACAACUGCGGAAACCGACGAGGGGGACCGCGAGGAAGAAGAGGGCGGAGGGUCUGAAAGCGUCCUGCCGGGGCCUGACGGAGACAAUGCACGGGAGGGUGUCAAGCUCGGGGGAGCCCACCCUUCAGACGGCGGAAGCCGGGAUGGCGAGCGCGUCGGCGCGCAAGUGCAUCCGUCGUCCCGACUCUCCAGCUCUCGCCGGGGCUGUGAAGACCACGAACAAGAGCGAGAGGAGGGGGGUGAACGAGGGCAAACGAAGCACGAGCACCAGGCGCAGGCUUGUCACUCUCACAAUACGCGCAGCAAAAGCAAUUUGGCCAAAGGCGGCAGCGGGUGUGGAGGCUCCCGCGCAGGCGCGUUGCACGGUGGACCCACUCCGUGCUUGUCGACACACAGGCACAGCCGAGCCGCAGCGUCGCGUCGGGGCGCCUACAACACGCGGCAACUGUCCACCGAGGCUCCGGAAUGUGUGGAGCUCAACAAGGCUCGAGAUGCGGCCGCAGGAAAAGAGGAGCGAGCCUCCGGAAAGACUGAGCGGAAUGCUUCCAGUUGUUCUCCGGGGGCUGCGAAUUCUGCGGCCGAUUCCCGAGGAGGCCCCCAAAUUCACAGAUACCUUCCAGCAGCCGCGCCAGCCGCGGAGAGACUGUCACCACUCACCUCGUCUCAAGUCUCCCCGUCCCUCCCUCCCUCUCCUAAGCUCCCACCCUCAAUCUGUUUCGGUGACCGAGUGCCUCCAGACUCAUCUGGCCACUCAGGAGACAUAGGUUCCAGUGCACCGUGCUCCAGUGAGGACGGUCUUAUCGAGGGCCGAGACUUCGAUAUGGCUGAAGGCUCAUCUCGCGGAGGCGAGGGCGCUGUACAAGACUCCCUUGCUCAGUUGCUUCUGUAG